CCGUCUUGUAAGGUAGAGAGUCUUUAUUACAUCCACACUAUGGUAGACUAAUCCAUAACCUGCCUAUAUGACUGCUAUCUCAGCACAGCCACAGACCUUUCCGGGCUGUAAUGUUAACCACAGGCCUGAAUGGUGUCGAGGCUGAAAUGUGAUCUCGGUGGCCAAGAGAUUCUUUUGUGCUUCUUGUUUAACUAUUGGAUGUCAUUUUCCUACCUUGGGUGACGAAGUGGGACCAACCAGGAAGUUUUCGUCUUCAACUUGCACAGGCAUUUUUAAGGCCCUACAUUUUAACCAUCUCCACAGUGGACUGCAGACGCUUUCCCGAGCGCAUGUUUUCCAACUGAGAACUAGCCUGCACAUGAUGAAUUCCUAAUAACAAAAACUUGAGAUUUAUGGCUUAACAUCUUGUUGUACAUCAACCCCAGGGUUUGUUUGACAAUAUUCCGAUGUUUUUCUGCUCUUCAAGAGGCUUCAAAAGCUGAAGUCCGCCCAACAGUCUUCAAAAAACUGUAAGAGCUGAAGUACGCGAGAUUCUCAUACCGAGCCACGAUUGAAAGGAGCAGACGACAGCUGCCUCCCUCCCCGGAUUCAGUUAUCAUGGCGAUGUUACCUACAUUCCAGGUUUACCCGGAGAGUAUUUGUAUGGACAAAAACGAAUGUCUGCUAUUGAUAUCUGAGCCGGUACAAGAGAAAGACGUCUGUGUGAGUCUACAAAUAAUGGGACAACAGGCGACUAAAAUAGAACUGGUGGUCAAAGAUUCCCGAACCUUCCUCAUUUCAAUCCCUGAAGAUUUUCUGAAGCACGAGAAGAUCAUGGUGUAUGUGCAGUACCAAGACACGCUGAUCGGCUGUGAGAGGCUGUGUGUGGAGAAGCCAUGUGAACAGUUAGCUAGAUUGCUGGAGAAGACCCUCGAUCCAGUACAGCUGAUGAUAAGCGCUCUAGGGCUGAAAUGUGGCUCCGAAGUCGAUCUCAACCUUCUGGACCUCGAUCUCGCCAACGUCGUGACCAAAAACAUUCCCGCAGAUCAACUCGCUGUAUUGUUCAAAAGUUACGAUAAAGCAACUCCUACAUCAGCAGAGAUACCUUCAAAGGACCGUUUCCCUACGGCCCUGCAUUUUGCUGCUCACUAUGGAUUUACCAAACUAACUGAGACCUUGAUGUACUGUUAUGGGGCAAAGGCUGCACUCAUGGUGGUCAACAGCGAGGGGCAGACGCCCCGGGAUAUAGCCGCCAACAAAGGUCACCAGCAGAUUCUUAAACUCAUGGACAAAAAAGCUACGGAGCAUGACGAGUAUUAUGAAAGCGUACCGGACGUUCUCGGAGAAGAAAAGACAGAAGACGUUCAAGGUACCUACAUGGACAUGCAGUCUGUUCGAAGUGAUGAUAACCGCUGGUCUGUGCUCGGACAAGUAACCACGGGACCUCGCCUUCCCAGUAAACCCCCGCCCCAACGUCCCCGGACGAACAGUAUAGGUCCUCUUCAGAGCAUUCAGGAAGUUGAACCAUCUCCAGAACUCAGGGUACGCUCCACAAGUCUAGAUGCCUCAAUGCCAAGUCACAAAGAGGACUCUGGAGUAUUUGAAGGCACCCGGGACAGCAACAUCAGUACCGAUUCUCAUGCAUCAGGUGACAGUUUGCCGCCAGUUGGUUUUGCAAACGGUCCAAGCAGUCCACCGGAUCUCCCUAAACCAAGCAAACUCAAGCGUACCCCGCCCGUGACAAUACACCGGAAAGACGUGAUCAGUGACCCUCAGGAUAACGGCCCGCCUUCAAUAGGGCACCGUCCAACGAAGCGCCCAUCGUUACCCAACAUCAGCCUUACAGAGGCUCCAUUCUCCCCUGAUGAAGGCCCACCGCCCUGUACUGGACCUGUGUAUCAGAACCAAAGACCUGGAUCGGGCAGGAAAUUGAGCUUGCCUGUGCCAAGGGUUAUGGCUGAGUUACACAACAACCAGAGAUUUCAGAUGAGGAAAAACUUCGUCCCAAUGUAGAGAUAAUUAUGCAGUCUGCCUAUAAACUGCCUCUGAUUGCUUUACACCAAAGACCACAAGCACCACCUCGAAACCUUCUAUUUGCGAUACCAGCUGUAUCUGCCAGCUGUUGUCAGAUUGACACAAAUCGCUGAUAUACACGAAAACCAUCUACGAUAUUAGCAUGAAUUUUGGAGUGACUCAUAUUUAGUAUAUUAUAUUCUUCACAACGAGUUUCCAUUAUCUGAAUUGGCCGCAGAGGUGAAUCAUGAACUGAAUGCUCUACAGGAUCAACUGUUCCAGUUUGAGGACAGAUCGCCAAGAACUGGCCAAAAACCACACACCCUUCGCCCACCCUUCGGCGAUAUAUACUGGAAUGAGCUCAGGGUUUUGAAUUCUAUUACAUGUAUAUGACAUUUAAAACAACAAUGCCUAUAUUAACGUUUCCUGACAACAAUUUUAGUUAGUUUCUCUAAAAGCCUAUUACUAUGUUGCAGAAAAUGGUGCCCAGAAAAACGUCAUACCUCUGAGAGACAAUAGUGGUAUCGAGAACACUGCUCAUGGUUUACCUCCUGUAUGUACCCACGGUCCACAUGGUACACCCAUAUGGCAAACUUCGUGACCAUGUGUAUAUACAUACAUACAUACAU